CGGGGAGCGCCGGGUCCGCUGUCACAGCGCGAUGGGAGGGCUGCGAGACCGCAUCGCCAGCUCGUUGCCUUCUUGAGAAAACGGCACUAGUCCAUUCUCCGAGCAACAAGCUGCCAGUGCCAGGAUCUAUCUGCUGUUCUUUUUCUCUUCCAUUGGACCGCCAACGCUUUUUCGAUUUAGUGAGAAGCUGGGUGUGAUCGUCACGAACAAAGUGUGGGUUUGAUGGCUGCGAUAUCAGCCUUUACUCCUACAAACCGAUCCUAAGAAAUAAGGGAGGGAAAAGUGUGCUUGAGUAAUCUUUUUAAAAAGGGAAAGAGCGCUGUUGUGUUGGGUUUGUUUUUUUUUGUCUUCGUCUGUUUGGAUUUCUUUUUAAACUUAUGAAAAAUGGCAACAGCAGCAUAUGUGGAUCAUUUUGCAGCAGAGUGCCUUGUUUCUAUGUCAAGUCGUGCUGUUAUCCAUAGUCCUAAAGGGGAGCCUGAUCCCCAACCUGAUGCAGCAAUACUUCCUUCAUCCAAUGGAGAAGAUAGACGGGAAGUCAGAGAAACCGGGAAAGACAAUGGAUCAUCAUUACUUGUGGUGGCUAGCAUUUUAGCAGAUCUGAACCAGCAUGUCCCAAACUCACCUGCUCUAAGGACGGAAAAAACAGAGACGCUUGAUAUAACAGAACAAAUACACAUUUCUAUUGCUCCUAAGGAGUUUGGGGAAGAAAGUCUGUCUUCAGCUGGUAAGAGCGGAGGAGAAAGAGCAGCCACACCUACUAGCCUGGCUGCAGUAAAUGAACCAAGCCCCAGACAAAAGAACAAACGCAUAAGAAGCUGGACUGACCCUGGAUCACCCCAGAAAAAGCACAAAUGCCACUAUGUGGGGUGUGAAAAAGUUUAUGGCAAAUCUUCCCAUCUUAAAGCUCAUCUAAGGACCCAUACAGGUGAGCGGCCUUUUGAAUGCAACUGGCAGGGCUGUAACAAGAAGUUUGCUCGCUCGGAUGAGCUGGCCCGGCACUACCGCACUCACACCGGAGAGAAGAAGUUCAGCUGCCCGCUGUGUGAGAAACGCUUCAUGCGCAGCGACCACCUGACCAAGCACGCCCGGCGCCACGCCAACUUCCACCCCAGCAUGCUGAAGAGGCGGAGCGGCAGCGGCUCCAGGACAGGCUCUGUCAGUGACUACAGCCGCUCGGACGCCUCCAGCCCCACGAUCAGCCCCGCCAGCUCCCCAUAGACUACCUGCACUGGAUGUCAGCACUUUGCCUCUAAUGCCUAACGUGGAGUUUUGUUUGUGUUGCACACAGUUAAAAAGCUCUGUUGCUUCCCCUCCUUCAGUUCCCACCCUCUCUUUUUUAAAAAUCAGUAAAUAGCUGCCUCCCACUGCAAUUUUUAGUCAGAUUUUCUUUACCCAACCACACAAGUGGCUAUUCUAACCUCAUGGACAGACAAACUUACAUGUUACACUUAGCGACUCCUGCUGUCUCCAUAUUUCAUAUAUUUUGCAACCAUAUAUGGAUCCUCUUCAUUAUUCUUUAUAAGAAAAGGAAAAAAAUCUAAAAAAAAGGAAAAAAUCUGCUUAAUUCACCUCAGGUGUUGAAGUAGUUUGUAAAACCAGAUUGCACAAUAUAAGCAUACAUACACUUAAAAAUCAACUCUGUUGGAUUUAUGUCCCCCUUCUCCUUUCUCAGGGAUGGAUAUUUAUGUUACACAAUAAUUACAAUGAAGACACACCCUAACCACAGCCUUACUCUGUAAAUAUAAUUGCACUCAGAAGCUUUUUGUUAGGUUCUUUCACACACUGGGGAAAAAAUAAAAAACAAGCAAACAAUACAGAAACCAGCCUAAUACUGGAAUGUAGUACUGGACUCUUCCAUUGCUCAUUUUCCUGAUUAUAUACCUGUGUUGGGGAGCCUCCAAACAGGAACCUUGUCUUUCUUCAAGCUGCCCUCUGCCUAUGGUAGCAAGUUGUCUUCUCACAUCUGCUGAAGAUGCUCCAAAGCCAACUUCCAACUGCAAAAAUCUCUGUGACGUUGAUAAACUUGUUUGUUGGUUUGUUUCCUGCUAGAUAAAAUUCUGAGGAAAAUUUCUCAACAAGAUGCCUUAAAUGAGUAACCUAAAUCACAAAGAAACAAAUUUACACUGGGUAACAUUUUAUGGCAAGGUGGCCUGGAGUCUUGGAGGCAUUCUAUUGUCAACUCUCUCCAAGCUGUUAAGCUGUCUGCACUGCCUGUUCAGUAUGGGACCAACAGAAUAUUCAAUCAAACCACACUGACUUGAACAAUUUUCUUUAUUUCUUCUUCCUUUGUUUUGUCUUGUUUUUUAAUUAACUAUGGAAAUAGCAUUACUGAACCAAUGCCCACCAAAACUGUUAUCAAGGUACUUACCUACUGUACAGCUGUAUCUUAGAAAGAAAAAUUGGCCAAGACAUAGUUUCUGUAUUCUGUUGCAUCAAAAUUGUGGUCGUUGAUAGAAGGAAGUGAAAAUCAUAAGGUAUCUUCUGACUGGAAUAAUAAAAUAUGCAUUUUUAAGUUUAAAAUAAAAUUACAUUAUAGCUCA